AUGGAAAAACAUAUCCCUUGUUACAACAAUGAAGAUCAAAAGAUUUUUAUUGGAUAUAUGAAAUCACAAUUAGAUUCAGAAAUUCGUCAAAAACGUAAAAAAUGUUAUCCUAUUGAAUGGUUUGAUCGUCAAUUAGCAUUUAAAUUUGAAUCCGGAGAUUUUGACUGUGGCGAUUCAGGAGCAAGCAUUAUAGAUGAAACAGGAAAGGCUCUUGGUAUUCUUCAUGCAAAAUGGAUAACACCAUGUCAGACAUUUGGUAUCGCUUCACCUUAUUUCGCUAUUCUUGAAGCACUUGACGUGAGCAUUCAAUUAUCUUCCGAUCCUGUUACACCAACAGUUAUUUCAUCAUCAUCAAACAUUCAAAAUAAUUAUAAAAAAGUGCAGGAUGUUAAACAAACCACCAACUCACAAAAAAACCAGUCAAAAAUAUAUCUCGAUCAAUAUUGCUCUUAUUAUUACAAUAUUACUCCAUCAAAUUUAUCAAAUUCAACAAAUUAUAUUUCUAAAAUAAGCAGAUUGACUUUUUCAUUGACAUUUCCUAAACUAAUUAGUACAUUUAUUAAUUAG